GUUGAAGAUCGGAAUAUUGUUCCGCGAAUUGUUUCAAAAGGAAUCGAUCUUUAUCACUACUUUUACCACUAACAGUCAAUAAUAACUCUGAAAAACCAAUCGUAACUGUUGUCAUGUGAUUUUAGUUAGAAAUUCAAGCCUUCGAGCGAAAAAUGUUACAUUGGACGUUUUGACUGCCCGCUUUGUACAUUGAACAAAUAACGUUGCACGAUGAGAAUCUGAAAAUAACUACUAAACAACGAUCCAAAUACUUGCACUUCGUGCUAAAAGCAGAUCAUUAUUGUUAUAACUCGUUGAAUUGAACUAAAAACGAUAUCAAUACCCGAAAAUAACAAAAACUCAAAAUGACCGAAGUGCGAUUUCGUGUUGUAUUGGUUGCUUUGUUACUUCGGAUGUAUCGAGCGUCAGAGGAAAGUGGUGUCCGAAGUAACAGUCGAGUGCUUAAAAUUCGAAUCUGUACAUUGGUCAUUUUUUGUAUCGGCGAUAAAAAGGUGAAAAGGAUAGAUACUUGAACGAUUGAUUUCUCAAUGCAUUACAUGAUUGAUAACUAAUAGUGUGCAUCCAUUAACUCGAUUUGUUUACAUUUGUUACUUAGGACGUUUUCAAAAGUUACGCGUUAUUUAAUUAACAAAUUGAUAUCAUCAAACUCCAUCGUACCAAAACAAAGGAAUUUUAGGAAAAAGUAUAUUGUUUUUGCGAAAAUUGUAACCAGAAGCUGGCUGAAUAGAUUUCCACAAUAUGUCACAACGAAAUUUGACGGAAUUGUUUUUCAUGCUUCGAAAUAAUGUUUUAUACAGUAAGAAUAUUUAUUCAGAAUCCAGAAACGCUGACAAUGUAGCUCUUCUAGAUAAAAGAAUCCCGGGAGGCCUUGAUGCCACUUUGCAACCAAAUUGGAUAGGCAAAUAUGAUGAAAUUCACUACCUUUUAUCAAAAAUCAAAACACGAAUUGAUGAUCUCUUGCAAAUUCAAGAUACUACAGCUUGGUCUGUUUUGAGCGAAAAUCGUGACAAUGAAUUAAGGGUUCAAAAUUACGCCAAAGAUAUAUCAAAGCAAAUAACAAACUGUCAUAGUCACAUAAAAUGUAUUAAGUCAUGUGCUAAAAAUCAAAACCGCCUGGAAUGUAUCCUGUUACAGAACAUUGAAAAGUAUCUAUUGAUGGCUCUGCAAAAGGAGACAGAAAAAUUUCAACAGAGCCAGAUGAUAUACAACAGUGAUCACAACAAUAUCGAAGAAAAAUCCAAGGCGUUAUUCGAGAACAUUUCUACCAAUAUAGAUACUAUUGGUAACAACUCUGUGGACACCUUCGACAAUUUUCUGAAUAUGAAUGUUGAAUCUUCCCCGAGGAACCAGUAUGAGAACGACGAUGACAGGCUUGAUGAAUACUUUCAGUUACCAGCAACGGGGAUGAGUAUUAACCAGAAACAACUAAUGCUCAUCGAGGCGGACAAUACUAAAAUGAUUCAGAGUCGAGAGCAUGAAGUUUCCAAAAUCGUAAGCUCUAUAGUUGAUCUCAACGUGAUAUUCAAGGAUCUCUCCCAAUUGGUGCAAGAGCAGGGUACAAUUUUGGACAGGAUAGACUACAACAUUGAAUCCACCCAGACAAAAAUCAUCGACGGUUACAAGCAGCUACAAAAAGCCGAGAAAUACCAAAGGAAAAACAAGAAAAUUUAUUGCAUACUAAUUUUGGCUGUCAUGGUAAUGUUUAUGAUAAUUUUGACCAUAUUUAAAAUUUUGUAAAGGGUUCAACAACAUCUUUGCUUAAAUAUGAGAGUUUGAAAGUAUUGUGGAAUGACCUGCACAAUCACUAGAAAAAGUGAUCUGUUAAAA